UGAGAGAGAGAGAGAGAGAUCAGGUGGGGUAUGUUUUUUGCUGUCCCAUUUGCCAGCCAUGGUAACGAAGCCCAGUGUCUAGUGGAUAUUCCUGGUAGCAUAAAAUAAAGGGUUAGAGAAAAAGGAAUCAGGAAUGUACAGAAACCAGGACAGAAAGGCCCACAGGCGGAAAGAGUGCUACACAAAAAGGCUAUACUGAAAGGGCAGAAAGAGGCAUGAAGAAAGAAAAUAACAUGGACUGAGUCCGAACAAGAGCCAAGAAGAGCCAAGUCACACUUACUGCUGGCCAAAAUUCUUGAAUUUCUGUAUCUUUAAUAGAAAUCAGGAUGACACAGAGGCAUUAUCGAAAGCCUUCUCAAUUCAUUCAAAGGUUUGCAUAAAUUCAGCCCCUUUAAAUAAGCCUAAAUAAAUUGUCAAAUUUGCAAGGCAAAAGGCAGAGAUUAAAAAUCAUUUUACAAACGUGCAUGGCUUCUCUGUCACUGCAGAGGCUGGCGCUGUCAAGAAAAGAUAGCCUUGCCUCCCCUUCUUUGGAAGACCCCUUCUAUCCCUUUCCCUCUCAGCGCAGGGACUCACUAGUUACUCCAGAACUCACUAAGCCAUCUUGCCUUGAGGAUUCCCUGCAGUCCGAUUCUAGUGAUCUGUCACUGAGCAGAGAUCUGACCCUCGCAGCUGAACUUGGAAAAGCAUUGCUGGAAAAUAACGAGGAGCUGAGGGCCACUCUGGCUGAACGGGACAAGGAAAUUGAGAAAUGCUAUUCUUUCAUUGAGACUUUACAACAACAGCAUCAUGAGAUAAAGUUGAAACUGGAAUCUGAGAACACUGAGUUGGCCCAGCGUGUUGCUGAUUUAGACUUUGAGCUGACAGAGGCAAGGUCUGACUUACAAAGAUGGCAGAAUCAGAGCAGAGACAAGAAGAAGGAGGACAAUGAUGACCUAAAGGAUCUGUCCAGUCAUAACCAGAGGCUUGUGGAGCAGCUUGCAGAGGCAGUGGGAGUUGAACAUGAGCUAAGGAAGGAGCUGCGGAGUUUAAGAGAGGAACUGGAAGAAAAAAAUCUAAAAAACUCGAUUUGGGCAACGAAGAUGGACGGACUACAGAUACAGAAUUCUUUGUUGUUAGAAAGGAAGAUUGAUUCAGAAAAGCAAAUGAAAUUCUUUCAGGCGGAAAAUGGGAGACUGAAAAAUGAAGUAACCACACUACAGGACAGACUGAAUGAACUGCUGGAUAAAAGCAGGGACAAAGAAAAGGAGCUGUUACAGAACCGGGCAGACUUGUUUGAACUCCGAUCUGUGAAUCGUUCACUCCAGACCCGGAUUCAGGACCUUGGAGAAGAAAUUACCCUGAAGGAGAUGGACUCUCCUAUACCAUCCAUACAAUUGGAGAUAGAAGAAGCACAGAGAGCGGAUGCCUCAUUCCUUCUCUCAGAGGUUGUAAAAGAAAAAGACAAGGAAAUUGAGAGUCUAAAUAAUGAGCUGCAAACUCGGAUGUUGGAAAUUUCAUCUUUUCAAGAAGAGCUGAAAAUACUCAAUGGGGAAACUGAGCUCUCAAAGAGAAGCUCUAUAGAGUCUGAACUUGAACAGAUCAGAAUAGAGCGAGACUCUCUUAAUGUGCAGCUGAUGCACACCAUCCAGCACAAGGUUGCACUCUCACAAGAACUUGAGGCAUGGCAGGAGGAUAUGCAGCUGGUGAUUAGCCAACAGGUCCAAAACCAACGAGAGGAUGAAAGAGAAAAAGAGCGUCAGGCAUCGAUAAGGAGAAGCAACUCCAAACACAGCAGGAGAUCAUUCCAAGGAACAAAAGGGGAAAAGGGUGGUAGUUUCUUUUCAUCCUGGUUUAAAUAGACUGCAGCUAACAUCUUUAACUCAUACGGCUGCUAUAUUUAUAGAGUUUCAGCAUUAUGAUCUGCCUCCUUUAUACACUAUUGCUCUACCACUUUGCCUGAGGUUCCAUGUUGUGCCUCAUCAACAGGAGAGGCUCAGCCUUGUAGCCAUUGAAAGGCACCUCCAAUCCAACAAGGUCAGCAGAGUGCCAUAACAAAGAACCUUGCGGGUUGUCUCCUUGUGGCAAUGCCCUACACAUUUAUCACCUUUAACAAACAGACCACAGGGAGUAUAAUGUUUAGUUUUGAAGCUUAGCUUUUUGUUUCCUUGUUGGAAUUAUUUUACAUGAAAGGCUAGGCUUGAUUUUACCAAGGAACAUCAAAUAUACUGGUGAUGUGCUUUCUCUAGAGCUUCCUCUGUGGCUCCUAAGGGCAAAACUAUGUACUGUAAUUUGUAAGUUGUAGCAGCCAAAAGCAGAAGGAAUAAGCGUCUAUUAGUGAAACUACCUCAGAAAUAACUGACAUAAUAGUCCUUAUUUUUAUUGUAAAUUAUGUAAAAUACACUUAAGAAAUGUUUUCAUGCAUAUUGUUAGUACCAGCCAGAUUAAAGGUUCGGCUUAGCCAUGAUCCAAGAAUGGUCAGUAAGUCAGCUGUAGGGGUUGAAUCAGCAAUUGUGAUUUAAAAUCAACGCACCACAACGUCUACUUCAAUUCAUCAAACUGUUUCUGCUGCUCCCCUUCCUUUAAAAGCUAAUGGAAACACCAAUCUAACACUUUGAAACACACAGUGGCUCUGAGUGCCUCGUUUCUGUUUCUGGCAUUCCAGGAUAGUUCCCUACAUUCAACUAAUCUGCUGUAAAAUUAAUAUCUGCCACCUUAAAGUGGGAACCACAUGAAAAGUCAUGAAAAAUUAUGAAAAACUACUCAUUCAACACUCAUGAAAAUGACUGCAAAACCACCAGAGUUUGGAAUAAAUAAAUACGUAAUCAUUUGAAGUUUUGAGAUAUUUUCUUUGUGUGUACGGUCCCUGCUCUGUGAUAUCAGCAGACUAACUUUAAAGCUGACUGUUUGAAUGAAAAUGACUGUUCUGAAAUGACAUGGGGGCUUUGCCCCCUGCUCGCUUCGCUUGCCAACCCCCCGUGCCUGCUUUGCUUCCGCAGUUUCAGAUGCGCGUUGUAGGCGCCUAUGUUCAUUGUAUUUGUCCAUGCUGGCGUGUUUAUGUAGCUCUGUUAGUCGAGCUGUUUGGUUCUGGAGCCGAGACAGUUUUGCUUCCGCGGUUUCAGACGUGCGUAGUAGGCCCCCACGUUUAUUUUCUUUAGUUUUUUCCAUUAGUCGAGCUGGUUUGUACAAUCCCAAGCAGCACAUUAUUCUUAACUUCACUCCGCAGUAGUGCCACUCACAAUAUGGAGGUGACGCCUGCGCCUUCACUCCGCAGUAGUGCCACUCACAAUAUGGCGGUGACGCCUGCGCCUUCCGUACUAUGUUGGGUUUCACUAUGCUGUGUAGGCGCCUUUGCCUUUCGUACUUUCCCGCACCUUCCAUACUAUCUUUGUGUACUAUAUCUGUGGGGCCUCCGUAGCCUCUUCCAUUUGAAUCUGGGCUGCAGCGCAGAGUCCUCUUUUUUGUGUGUCCGUGUCGGUAGUCGUUAGCUAUGGGCGCGUUGUUGCUUCAUUUCUCAUUCACGUCAAGAGCUCUUUUGUUUUUGAGCGGUGACUCCUUCGUGCGCGGUGGAUCACACUUCGCUGGCGGUUUAUGAGAUGCGUGCUGUCGGCGCCUGCGCACUAUGUCUCCUGCGUCCAUCGCCGUGUACCUGGGUCCAUGCCUUCCGGUUUACCAUUCUCGGUUAGUAAUAUGGAUAACUUUGCCAUAGUCUAAGGACAUAUAAACUUAAGAAAUCCGAUCCAUUGGAAAGUAGGCAAAUGCCAUUUGAGGGGUACCUGCCGACUUAAACGCACGUUUUUGGUCAGUGGAAAGAAGCCAGAGUUCAGACAGAAUCGACACACAAAAGCACAUAAACUUCAGAGAAUCUUCUGUGCCACAGCUCAGAACGUUUCUAGAAACUCAGACAGCUUUCAUUUAGUAUAUGUCACAAUGAUUAUAUGUGCAAGUACUGUAAGGGUUUAUUGAGAACACUUAAUAGCGGGUCUGGGGGCUACAUACACCUGUGAUUAACUAGAAGGUUGGUGGGGUCACAGGGGCCUCACAAAGAUCUCCAGUCAAAACAGGCAGGAACUUGUAAAGGUGUGGGAAGACGUUGUUUUAGAAGCCAUGGCACACACUUCACAUUGACUUCUUUUGCCACCCCAAAGUGCUGGUAUGCCAUUUGUGCUCUGCUAUGAACACUAUCUACAUAUGUAUACUGUACUUAAAUUAAAGGGGCUACCGUACGCUGGUCUUACUUAAAAUGUGCUGACCAACAACACAAAGCAGCAGAGGACUGUGAUGUGAAGUCUGCACAUUGCGCAUACUGCAGUCUUCAGACUCUUGAGCAGGACCAGGGGCUGACUUGUCUGUUGGAUUGUCUAUGUGCAUUUGAAUUUGUGAUAUAAGACCAUGUUUUGUAAAACAAAAGAAGAAUAUGUUGUAUCUGGAAAGAGUCAUACAAUUGUUAAUAUUAUGCAUUAAAUUAAUAUUUUUUCUA